GCGAGUGCGUGCAGUGUCCCAGGACCCUGUUUACUUAGCAUUCCCAACCGAGGAAGCCCUGGUUUAAAUAGGAUCGAGGAGCGGGGCUGCCCACAGCAGAUGAGGAAAUGGUCACUGUGGGGCUUUAAAUUCCUGCCUUCCCAUGCGCUGGUGCGGAGGAUGAGCCUGCAGAAUGCCUUUCCUCCUGGGUCUCAGACAGGACAAGGAAACCUGCAUGGGUGUCAACAAUCAAAGUUACAUAUGUGAAACGGGCCACUGUUGUGGACAAUCCCAGUGUUGCAACUACUACUAUGAACUCUGGUGGUUUUGGCUGGUGUGGACCAUCAUCAUCAUCCUCAGCUGCUGUUGUGUUUGCCAUCACCGACGUACCAAGCAUCGUCUCCAGGCCCAGCAGCGGCAGCAUGAGAUCAACCUGAUCGCAUACCGGGAAGCCCAUAACUAUUCAGCCCUGCCGUUUUAUUUCCGGUUUUUGCCAAAUUAUUUACUACCUCCCUAUGAGGAAGUGGUGAACCGACCGCCGACCCCACCACCGCCAUACAGUGCCUUACAUCAGCAGUGCGUCCCAGCAGGCAGCAGUAGCACAAUCCCAGACACGCCAAGAAACCUACAGCCAGCACAGAGCAGCUCAGCAGCACCCAGUGGCAAUAACAGCAGUACUGACCACCCCGGGUCCCCUGGCCUUGGGGAUCCCGAGCCCUCCACCACCACACUUGAGAGAGCAGUUGCCAAAAUACAAAGCAUUGAGCCUGGUGGUACCAGCACAGGAGCCGAGCUGGUGGAGAGGGCCAGUCCCGAUAAGGAUACUGAGUGCAAGGAGGAACUGCUCAAAGGUUACAGCUCUGAGAGCUUAGAGCAGAGCAGCGCCAUUCCCGAUGCGAAGGACAAGACGCCGGGCAGGCAGCGCCGCUUCACUGGCGACUCGGGCAUCGAAGUCUGCGUAUGCAACCGGGGCCAUCACGAUGACCUCAAGGAGUUUGAUGGGCUCAUUGAUGAUGCUCUGGACGGGCCCCUGGACUUCUGUGACAGCUGCAGCGGCCGUCCCCAUGGGGAUGAGGAGGAAGGGCUUUUUAAUGCCUCAGAGGAGCAGCACCGUGAACACAACCACCACCACCUGCCCCGGCAGCCGGUGUGUGUACUCUUGAACACAAUAAAUGAGCAGGACUCUCCAAACUCUUGUACCAAUAACUCCCCCAGCUAAGGUGGCAGAGUGGAAAGGAGAAAAAUAAACAAAGAAAUGAGAGUGGAAUAAGAGGAUAACAACUUUAAUAGGAGGAAAAAAGGUGAUACAACCUUUUAUUAGUUUAUUUCUGUUUCUCCCCCUCCAGUAUAAUUCGAGGACUAGUCCUCGAAGGCCCGGCGUGUGGGGGACAGGUCGCUCGGGGUUUUGUUAAUCAUGUCUGUCCUGCUCCGCAGGGCAGGGACUGGUGUUUCUCAAUGAGACCUUCUAACAAAUGGAAUUUUCCCAAUGGUGAUUUUGGUGAUGGUUAUUAUGAGUUUGUUGGUUUUAGUUUUCUGAAAACAUUGCUUUAUCUCGCAAUCAGUAAAGCUCAGCAGAUCUCACCCUGGGAGGAUACAAAAUCACCGUCAGGCUUCAACCUCCAGGUGUCUUCCCAGAAGCAAGCAGCUUCUGACAGUGCUGGCAGUCAGUAGCCCAAGAGUUCUGGUUUGAUAUAGUGCUCUUGAGGUAUUGGGGAUUUGUUUUCGUUUUAGCUUUUGUGUGUGUGUGCGCGCGUGUGUGCGUAAAGUUUUCCUGAAGCUGAUGAAUGCCUCAACAUCACCCCAUAACCUCUGGUGCUUCAGUGUUUAAGACAGCAGGUAGGAAAUUUCCCACUUGAAGCUGGUGACUGAAGGACCAGUUUCUUCCAGAAGGAGUGUUAGUCUGCCGUGAGCAGUUUGAAAAGAAAGGCUUUGCAGAAAUUUGCCUUUAUAUGUCAGUUUUAAAGACAAGCGUAUUCCUUCAAUGCCUCCAAGAGCACAGUUAGAAGUAGAAUCCAGGCAGCUGGGCUGCCUUCCAAGUACUGUGGUCUCCGAAUGACCUUUUCCCGGUGUGCUGCAAAAGGGCUUGGCUUUAUUUUGUUCCUUUCUUUUCACCCCGACAGCAGCACACUGGAGUUAAGAUGACAAAAAAGAACAGGGCUCUCUUUGGCCAGCGUGCCUUCAAGCUUCAGCGAUGCAUGUUGAACAAAUGGAGACGAGAGCUCCGUCCAUUGUGAAGGGAUGAUUUACCAUGUAGAUGUGGAAGACCUGUGCAGUAUUUUUGUUUGAAAUCCAAAUGUUUGGUGCGAUUCUAAUGUUGACCACUUCAAAGAAAUGAAUGUCUGUUUUCCUUUUGUUUUUAUGGUGCCAACUGGCUACUGUACAAUGUCUGUGAGCGUGUGUGUGUGACUGCAAUCCAUGCAUGCAAGUCCUACUGGUAAUAUGAAAACCUGCUGUAAGACUGCAAGAAAAAUUUACUGUAGCUUUGCUUUAAUAAACGGUAGAGAUUUUGUUAGUGACAACCUGAAGGAAAAACAAAGAGCUUGAAACUAACAUUCCCUAGCGUGCUCAUGUGGAAGAGAGCACAGUUCACACUAUGUAUCUUGUUCUCGGGUUUUCUCCCCGGCCCUUUUAUAAUUAUGGUCAUCCUGAUCAUUACUGUUAUGGGGGGGGGGGAAAGAAAAUUGAAAACUGAACUUGGACAUACUCAGAUUUAAUUGAUUGAAAACCAAAAUCAGUUUUAAAUAAGGUGGAAACCAAAAUACAAUGCCUUUUCUGAUAA